AUGCACCUCAAUUUGAUCUUUGCUACACUGUUAAUCUAUGGGGUUGCAAGCGCAGUUGUUCUACCUCCUAAAACCACGGCAUUCGAGCCGUUCACUACUCAGGUAUCGAAGACUACAGGCUCUCCCCUUCUAGACAAAAGAGAUCCACGUCGUAAAGUCAUCGUCAACAAAGAAUGGCUCAAAGAAGAAUCCGAGAAAAACGUUGGUACCCAUAAGGAAGAGGGUCCUGAUCCUUGGCUUAGAACCAUUUAUGGCUCGAUCGCUGAAGUGGUGACACCAACAGUGAUUGGUGGAAUCACCUUCAGCACUAAACCGCCGGAAACGGCAUCAGGAACUGAGUGGUGGAUCAGCAUUAAGAACGAUGGUUCUCCGAAAACGAUCAAGCCUAAAAUUAAAAAUGGGCAGGUUAAAAACGGAUUGCCUGACGUGAAGACUUACUUUCAGACGGCUACUACUAUCGUCCAUAAGCAGGAGGACAUUCAGGCACAUAAUCUAAAGAAAGGUGAUGAAGUAAAUGAGGUCAUCAUGAUUCCGGAAGAUGAUACUUACGUGAAGUUGAGUCCACUUAUGAGAUGUACGCCAGAUUUCUACUUCCAUCGUGGAAUGGCCAAUAUGGAUAUUUCCGAGCCAUUCUGUAGGCCAAAGGAUAAUUCCAAGUUGAGAGUGGGAAAAACAUACUUUGUGACGUGGUUUUCACGGUUCUAUGAUGAUGUCAAAACUGUUAGGUUCCAUUAUGCUUAUGUCAAGGAGAAAAUAAGUGAAGCAGGAAUGAAAGUGAAGAGGGAUAUUCGUGGACCGGUCAAAGAUGUGGCGAAUGACGUGGCCCAGCUCAGUGAAGAUGCUGGUUCUUUCAAGGGAGAAGUGCCCGGAGCUUUUUUCACCUCGGAUUGGGUUCUAAACGCACAAGGAUUCUUCCCCGUUGAUGUUGAUAAGAAAUGGCUAAAAGGAUCUGUUUAUAAGAAGGUACUAAUUGCCAUUCAACCGGAUUCUGUCACAGAUGAUGAGUUCCGGAUAUUAGAUGCUCCUCAUUUGAUAGUGGACUUUCGCCUCAAGGAAAUUGUUGGCAAGAACACUAAGCAAAUGAGAAAAGAAGCCGUCAUGCCUGUGACUGGGGACGAUAUCUACUACGUGAUCAUGGGUAUUCCAACGCUUGUGGUGGUUGCACUUUUACUCAUGUACUUGUUUGUUCAGGCUAACAGGAAACAAAGAGACUUGUCCGGAAUCCGCAAGCCUCGCAGAUCGCGUUUUGGAAAUGCUGGUAGGUACGAGGUACCUUAUGGCGAAACGGAUAUUCACAGGCCGGGAACACUGAAGCAGUCAUAG